AUGGGGGGCAAAUCCGAGAACAAGGCCGUCUACUUCGAGAAGCUCGCUGAGCUCCUCAAGGAAUACAAGUCCAUCUUCAUCGUUGGUGUCGACAAUGUCUCCUCCCAGCAGAUGCACGAGAUCCGUCAGUCCCUCCGUGGUGAGGGUGUCGUUCUCAUGGGAAAGAACACCAUGGUCCGCCGUGCUUUGAAGGGAUUCCUCAGCGACUUCCCCGAGUACGAGCGCCUUCUUCCCCACGUCAAGGGCAACGUCGGUUUCGUCUUCACCAACUCCGACUUGAAGGAGAUCCGUGACAAGAUCCUCGCCAACCGUGUCGCUGCUCCCGCUCGUGCCGGUGCUCUCGCUCCCGCUGACGUCUGGGUCCCCGCUGGAAACACUGGUAUGGAACCCGGAAAGACCUCUUUCUUCCAGGCUCUCGGUGUCCCCACCAAGAUUGCCCGUGGUACCAUUGAAAUCACCAGCGACCUCAAGCUUAUUGAGGGUGGCAGCAAGGUCGGUGCUUCCGAGGCCACUCUUCUUAACUUGUUGAACAUCUCUCCCUUCACCUACGGUAUGGGUAUCUCCCAGAUCUACGACAAUGGACAGACCUUCGACGCCUCCGUCUUGGACAUUGAGGAGUCCCAGCUUCUCAAGGCUUUCUCCUCUGCCAUCACCACCAUUGCCAGCAUCUCCCUUGCCAUUGGCUACCCCACCCUUCCCUCCGUCAUGCACUCCGUUGUCAACAGCUACAAGAACAUCAUCUCCGUUGCUCUUGAGACCGACUACGAGUGGGAGGAGAUUGCCGAGCUCAAGGACCGCAUUGCCAACCCCGACAAGUACGCCGCUGCUGCUCCCGCUGCUGGUGGCGCCGCUGCCGGCGGUGAUGCCCCCGCCGCUGCUGAGGCCGCUAAGGAGGAGGAGGAUGAGGAGUCCGAGGAUGAUGACAUGGGCUUCGGUCUUUUCGACUAA